UACUGAAAGGAAAACACCGUCCAUUGUUCAAAGGUCGCUAUCGGCCGGUACGCAGAGUCAGUGAGAGAGGUUUCAACCAACAUUUCUUGAAUAAAACGAACAGCUAGACUUUCAUAACCAUCGCCAAUAUGUCCAAACUACAGUUGUUGAAUGUGUUCGUCACCGAGCGUUUAUCGGCGGCUGCUGUGGAGAUAUUCGGGGCCGUGGAGAAGACCAUAGCAGAGUAUCAGGAAGAAAUCUGCCGUUCAGCAGAGGCGAACGAACGUCUUCGGAGGCAGUUGGACAUGGUUAGCAAACCACAGAAAACGUUACACAGAGCAGACUUCCAGCUACUCACUCCCACUGUUCCCCCUGAGCAGCAGAACUGUGAGCAGGAGUGGAGCCCCAGUCUGGGGCAGGAGGACCCAGAACCCACACAGAUUAAAGAGGAACAACAGGAGCUCAGACUCAGUCAGGAGGACUCACCUCAGCCCUCACAUCUUUACCAAAACCAAACUGUGGAUGACGGAGAGCGGGGCACUCUACCUAUCAUCAUAAUUGAAGAGGUCAAAACAGAACCUGAUGGAGAGUGCUACAGAGUACCAGAACCAACUAGUGAUCAGCCCUUCUCAGUUCAUCCAGACUGCUCUGCUGCAGUGGAGAAACCAUAUCAGUGUAAACAAUGUGGCAACAGCUUCACAUGUAAGGGUCACUUGACCAUCCAUUCAAGGACACACACAGGAGAGAAAUCUUAUCUGUGCAAACAAUGUGGCAAACGCUUCAUGCAGAAGGGCGAUUUGGACAGGCAUGCAAGGGUACACACAGGAGAGAAUCCAUAUCAGUGCAAACAAUGUGGCAAAAGGUUUAGCCAGAAGGGAAGCUUUGACAGUCCAUUCAAGGAUACACACAGGAGAGAGACCAUAUUCGUGCAAAGACUGUGACAAAGCCUUCAACCAGAAGAUAGAAUUGACAUUGCAUAUGACAGCUCAUACAGGGGAGAGACCAUAUAGCUGUCCUGUAUGCAGGAAAAGUUACAUCACAUUAAGCUAUUUAAGACGUCAUCAGCGUGUUCACACAGGGGAGAAACCUUACCAGUGCAAAGAAUGUGACAAAUGCUUUGGUUAUAAACAUCGCCUAACAUCACAUAUGAGCACUCAUACUAAAGGGCUUGAAUAAUAUUACUGCACUGAGUGCUGCAAAAGCUUCAGCCUGAAAGUAAUUGUGAAUAAUUAUGUUCUGUUUUCUGGCAAAUGACAACAGAACAAAUUGUGUAAUGUGUGUGGAGGGAAAAGCAUCAGUCAGGAUCAGAUUUGUUAGCUGAAUCUAGCUCUCACUUUCAGGGACCGACCCUCCAGGACACUGCUGGCUUCAGGAAGCCCUCACCACUGUGUUUAGCACAGAGCACACACGCCUGUUCUCCGUAUACACAAAUUACAAUGGUAUGAAAGAACAGUGACCUCACCUUCACCAAAUACCUGCAUGUGGACGGCAUGGCUCUGGUUUCUUGCCUGGAGGCAAAUCCAGCUCAAGUUUCUCCCAGUUAAUUGAUGGCCUUGUGACAUGGUUUGACAAUAGCUUAAUUGACGUCAAUUUCACCAAGACUAAAGAACUAUGCCUUGGUGGUAAGAUGCGGAAUAACGGGAGCCCCUCUCUCGAAAGAGAGCGCAUGUCACCAUGAAAGGACAGGACGUGGAGUAAGACACCGAUUUUAAAUACCUGGGGACGAUUUUAGACCACAAACCCAACUUCCAGGAAAACACUGACCUCAUUUACAAGAAGGCAAGGCAGCGUCUCUUCCUACUUAGGAAGCUAAUACGUUUGAAUGCAAGCAAACACACACUACCAUGGUGUAAAGAUACCUGAUCAAGAGUGUUCUCACCUUCAACAUCUCCACCUGUUAUGGGAACCUCUCGUUCAGGGACAGGAGUAAACUGGCACAAGUUGUCAAUCAGGCCAGCAAAAUAGUCAGCAGCAAAACAGCCACAACUCCAAGAACUGUACACACAGAACAUUACAAGGAAAGCACUGCAUGUAUCCUUCCAAAUGCUGCCGUCCGGUCAGAGACUAAAGGUAACACUCGCACGGUAGAAUGGCUGGAGAAAUCCCCUCCGCAGUGACAAUUCUAAAUAAGACUCUGAUGAACUGACAUGUUAAAUGCUUUGUGCAAUGUUUGUUUUGUCUGUUUUCAUCAUUUUAAUGCAAGCCAGAGCGCCAAAGACACGUCCAUUCUGUGCAAACUUAAUGGACAACAAUGUUUUCUAAUCUCAUCUUUCUAAACAACAGGAGUUCUUAUUAAAUUGUUUAACAAUGACAUACAGGACAUUUGGGGCAUUAUCAUAUAUGUUUUGACAGCUGCAUGUUAGAAUAUUGAUGUAGCCUAUCACAUUUGUUUUGACAUAAUGCAGCAAACAAACUACCUUUCCAGUUUAACCCCCUAGAGUCCAUUGAAGCAGCGGUGCGUCAAUAUAAGUAACAUAAUAAAAAAAUAACCCAUAAAAA